AUGGUUGUCUUGGUCCCAAUUGCGGGUGUUGUCCCUUCCACAUACAUUCCCGGUCUUGCUGAGAAUGGUAUUGUCUCUCUUGAUGGUGCGACAUUCAAUCAAAAAGUCACUAUCAAGGCCGAGGAAGUGGAGGCUUGCGAAUGUGACAGCGCCGAUCCCGUUGCCAUCGCCGCAAACGGCAAUGGGACUAAACAACACGAACAAAAUGUGAUCGACUGCUCUAUCACCCCUCUAAUCUCGAAUACAGCGUCAAAUAAUCAAGAAUUGACCAUGGAAGUCUUGAAGCUUAUUGAAAGUUAUGGUGUUGAUUUUGAGAAAACGGGUGUCUCCUGGAAAGGCUUUGAGUCAUUUGUUCCAAUCGUAUUGCAACAAAUAGACCGCGAGGAGCCAAUUCGGAUGAUUCUGCCUGCCUUUCCAUUCAAGUCACCCAAUUCCCGUGAUAAGGUCCUUGGCUUCAUGCCGGACUUUGGUGAAGAGCUGGCGCUGGCUCAUCUGAACGGUCUGUGUCAAAACAUCGCUGAAGUAUAUGCGCCGGGUGCCGAUGUUUAUAUAAGCUCAGAUGGACUUGUUUACAAUGACAUUCUAGGUGUUUCUGAUGAAACAGUCUGGGAUUAUGGGGAGGCUCUGCGAAAGAUGGCAGUUGAAAAGGAGCUUCGCCAUGUCAAAUUCAUCCGCCUUUUCGAACUUCUUGAGCACCCAUGGUUCCAAUCCUCUACGCCAGAAGCUGCCAAAGCUUUCUACCUCGCUCAUGCCAACUGUCUUCGUCGAGAACUCAUGUACACCUUCGGUGACCCGAGCUUUGAUGCGGCAAAGGCUAUUAAAAAUGACAACGAUACUUGUCUCACGUAUCGCGGUUAUAUCAAAUUCCUUACAAAGGAUCUUGCUCAUCAAGAGGAAAAUCGACAUCCGUCAAAGCGCGCUCGACAAGCGCAGAUCGCCGAGACAGCGCGACAGAUGAUCAUCCGCGGGAAGAUGUUCGCGGCGGCUAUCAAAGCAAAUCGCAAGGACUAUGUGCGACUCUCUAUUCACGAGUCGGCCGGCGAGAAAAAGCUCUCCAUUUCACUCGUCCCGCAAAUCCGAGGCACACUAGGAUAUACACCCUGGCAUUCUGCGGUAGCUGUUGGACUGGACGGCUCAUAUCGCACAGUUCACGUCGAAGAUGUACGCGACACCCACGAUCUGAUCUAUAAGAACGGACAACCAUAUUACUUCCGUGAAAAAUCAAGUCUCUUUGAUUGGUCUGAAGAUGGUCUCUCGGUCAAGUUUGAGCAUCUUUACCCGUCUGGGCUGAUCAUCCGCCCUGCGGACAUCGACAACGUCAACCCGCCACCCUCCAUUCGUGCCAUUCCCAUGCAAAAGGUUCGACAUUUAUCCAACGGCAUGUCACCGAUUGUUCUGCGUGGAUUUUCCGAGACGCUUGAGGAAGAGCUCUAUGUCCAAAAAGGAUCCGAGCUGGGCAAAAUUCUUCCAUGGAGCUUUGGUAUUAUCCAAAAGGUGCGCGAUAACGGUCGCUCCGACAAAAUGGGCAACAAUGUCACAUCGAACGAGGCAAUGCCCAUGCACUUCGAUGGGAUGUUCAAAUUCGAAGAAAUUACCGAUCCGCAAACGGGUGAAAAGAAGAAAGUUCAACGCCCACCGGGAUAUCAAUUCUUCACUUGUCCUGCUACUGCGCCCAAAGGUAAUGGAUACACUUUGUUCGCGAGCUCUCGUCUUUUCUUCCGAUAUCUCCCCGUUCCGUGGUCUUUAGAGCGUCUUGAACAGAUCACUUGGGCAAUGGACAAUGACGGAUUCUGGGACGCAAAACUCAAGGAUCUGCCUUUGAUAAUCAGACAUCCUAUCUCCGAUCUUCCUUGUCUGCGCUGGCAUCAACCAUGGGACUCAACAAAGACGAAGUUCUCGACUUGUGAUGUAACCAUUGAGAAUGAUGACAAUAGUCUAGUUCAGGUUGUGGAUCGCAUCACCUACGAUUACAGAGUCUGUCUUCGUUUUGGGUGGGAGAAGGGUGAUCUUCUCGUUAGUGAUAACACCGCGAUGUUACACACCCGCACUGGAUAUAUCAGUAACUGUGAUCGAGAGUUGUGGCGGAUUCACUGUGACUGA